CACUUCGGUAGGGAGUUUUGUACGUUGAUGGUUUCACAGGGGUAGUUGUAGUCUUCACACCGGAGGGUGAAACUGUCCUGGAAGAGGGGCGCUAUCGGGAUUGUUUCAGGGCUUUUGUAGCGGGAGUUUGGGGAGAAAGCUGCCUCGGGUGGUAGGAGAUUUGCUUCUUUUUCUCUCGGAUAGUGCUCUAAAGUUGCCACCAUGCCGGUUUUCCACACGAAAACGAUAGAAAGUAUCCUGGAGCCGGUGGCUCAGCAGAUAUCCCAUCUGGUGAUAAUGCACGAAGAAGGUGAAGUUGACGGGAAAGCCAUUCCAGAUCUGUCGGCGCCGGUGGCUGCCGUGCAGGCUGCUGUUAGCAACCUGGUCCGGGUUGGGAAGGACACUGUACAAACCACAGAGGACCAGAUCAUGAAAAGGGACAUGCCACCAGCUUUUAUCAAAGUGGAGAAUGCAUGCACUAAGCUGGUGCAGGCUGCGUCCAUGCUGAAAGCCGACCCGUACUCGGUUCCUGCUCGCGAUUACCUCAUCGACGGCUCCAGGGGCAUCCUCUCCGGGACCUCUGACCUCCUCCUGACCUUUGAUGAAGCCGAGGUCCGCAAAAUAAUCCGUGUGUGCAAAGGCAUCCUGGAGUACCUGACGGUGGCGGAGGUGGUGGAGUCUAUGGAGGACUUGAUCACGUACACAAAGAACCUGGGACCAGGAAUGACAAAGAUGGCAAAGAUGAUAGAUGAGCGACAGCAGGAGCUGACACACCAGGAGCACCGCGUGAUGUUGGUCAACUCCAUGAACACAGUCAAAGAGCUGCUGCCCAUCCUCAUCUCAGGAAUCAAAAUCUUUGUGACAACCAAGACGUCUGGCAGCCACGGCGUGGAAGAGGCCCUGAAGAACCGCAACUUCACUUUCGAGAAGAUGAGUGCAGAGAUCAACGAGAUCAUCAGAGUGCUGCAGCUUACAUCCUGGGACGAGGAUGCGUGGGCCAACAAGGACACAGAGGCCAUGAAGAGGGCUCUGGGACUUAUCGACUCAAAAAUGGCCCAGGCUAAGAACUGGCUGAGGGAUCCGAAUGCUCAGCCAGGGGACGCAGGCGAGCAGGCUAUCCGCCAGAUCCUCGAUGAAGCUGGGAAAGUGGGUGAGCUGUGUGCUGGGAAGGAGCGCAGAGACAUCCUGGGCACAGCCAAGACGCUGGGCCAGAUGACUGACCAGGUGUCUGAGAUGAGGGCCAGAGGUCAGGGCGCUUCCCCAGCUGCCAUGCAGAAGGCACAGCAGGUUUCCCAGGGGCUCGAUGUGCUAACCGGCAAGGUGGAAAAUGCUGCUAGGAAACUGGAGGCCAUGACUAACUCGAAGCAGGCUAUCGCCAAAAGAAUCGAUGCUGCACAGAACUGGCUGGCAGACCCAAACAGCGGCCCAGAGGGAGAGGAGAACAUCAAGGCCCUGCUCACCGAGGCCAGAAAGAUCGCAGACAUGUGUGAGGACCCUAAAGAAAGAGAGGACAUCAUGCGCUCUCUUGGAGAGAUUGCUGCGAUGACUGCGAAGCUGUCAGAUCUCAGAAGACAGGGUAAAGGUGACACUCCUGAGGCCAGAGCUUUGGCUAAACAGAUCGCAACAGCUCUGCAAAAUCUGCAGUCCAAGACCAACAAAGCUGUGGCAAACAGCAGGCCUGCAAAAGCAGCUGUGCACUUGGAGGGAAAGAUCGAGCAGGCGCAGCGCUGGAUCGACAAUCCCACCAUAGAUGACAGCGGCGUGGGUCAGGCAGCCAUCCGCGGUCUGGUGGCAGAGGGCCGCAGGCUGGCCAACGCUCUGCCGGGCCCCUACAGGCAGGAGAUGCUGGGUAAGUGCGAGCAGGUGGAGCAGCUCAUGGCCCAGCUGGCUGACCUGGCCGCCCGUGGUGAAGGGGACUCCCCGCAGGCACGUGCCGUGGCUCAGCAGCUCCAGGAGGCUCUGAAAGAACUGAAAGGAAAGAUGCAAGAGGCGAUGACUCAGGAGGUGUCUGACAUCUUCAGUGACACCACCACUCCCAUCAAGUUACUGGGAGUGGCUGCCACCGCCCCUCUGGACGCCCCCAACAGAGAUGAGGUCUUUGACGAAAGGGCUGCCAACUUUGAGAACCACGCCAAUAAGCUUGGCACCACAGCAGAGAAGGCUGCUGCUGUCGGCACUGCCAACAAGAGCACCGUGGAGGGAAUCCAGGCCGCCGUCAAGUCAACGAGAGACUUAACACCACAAGUGGUAUCUGCUGCUCGUAUUCUGCUGAGAAACCCUGGCAACCAAGCUGCCUAUGAACAUUUUGAAACCAUGAAGAAUCAGUGGAUUGACAAUGUGGAGAAAAUGACUGGUUUGGUGGAUGAGGCCAUCGAUACCAAAUCUCUGCUGGAUGCUUCAGAGGAAGCGAUCAAGAAGGACCUGGACAAGUGCCGCGUGGCCAUGGCCAACCACCAGCCUCAGAUGCUGGUCGCCGGCGCCACCAGCAUCGCCCGCAGAGCCAACCGUAUCCUCCUGGUGGCGAAGCGAGAAGUGGAGAACUCUGAGGAUCCUAAAUUUAGAGAGAUGGUGAAGGCCGCUUCUGACGAACUGAGCCAGACAAUUUCUCCCAUGGUGAUGGACGCUAAGGCGGUCGCUGGCAACAUCCAGGAUCCAAGUCUUCAAAAGGGCUUUUUGGACUCAGGUUAUAAGAUUCUUGGUGCUGUGGCGAAGGUCAGGGAGGCAUUCCAGCCUCAGGAGCCAGACUUCCCACCACCUCCUCCUGAACUGGAUCAACUUAACCUUAACGACGAGGCAGCACCACCCAAGCCUCCUCUUCCUGAGGGUGAGGUUCCUCCCCCAAGGCCUCCACCCCCAGAGGAGAAAGACGAGGAGUUCCCUGAGCAGAAGGCUGGUGAUAUGGUCAACGAGCCCAUGAUGGUGGCUGCCAGGCAGCUCCACGAUGAAGCCCGCAAAUGGUCCAGCAAAGGCAACGACAUCAUUGGUGCUGCCAAACGAAUGGCCUUGCUCAUGGCCGAAAUGUCUCGCCUGGUGCGUGGCGGAAGCGGAAACAAGCGCGCCCUCAUCCAGUGCGCCAAGGACAUCGCCAAGGCUUCUGAUGAGGUCACACGGCUGGCCAAGGAGGUGGCCAAGCAGUGUACUGACAAGCGUAUCCGGACCAACCUGCUCCAGGUAUGCGAGCGCAUUCCCACCAUCAGCACUCAGCUUAAAAUCCUGUCCACAGUCAAGGCCACCAUGUUGGGUCGUACCAACAUCAGUGAGGAGGAGUCAGAACAGGCUACUGAGAUGUUGGUCCACAAUGCCCAGAACCUGAUGCAGUCUGUGAAGGAGACGGUCAGGGAGGCCGAGGCAGCUUCAAUCAAGAUCCGAACAGAUGCGGGCUUCACCCUCCACUGGGUCAGAAAAACCCCCUGGUACCAGUAAGAGGAGGGCCGCUGCUCCUCUGCUUCAUGCUGAUUCCAUCCAGCCAUCCAGGAGGACAUAGAAUGGACAGAUAUUUCGUUUAUCAGAGCUAUGAAAUCGGCGCCCUACACCCUAAUGUGGGCAGAGUUUCUGUAUUAGUCCCAUGUCCUGUCUGUAACAGUUGCUGUUCUGGUAGAAUGUAAUGUUAUGGGUUAGAUUAUUACUGGGAGGUUUUUUUUUUUCUAAAGUGUGUAAAAAAUUUGUUUUUAAAGCUUAUAUUUUGACAAAUCCCAGGAAUAUAUAUACGUUAUGUUUUGAUUAGAGGUUUCAUGUAAUGCAAGGUUGUUUUCUGGCCUCUUCUAGACACAAACAUUAAGUUAAAAAUUUGAAUAACAAGAUUUUUGUUGCGAGACAUUUUUGUAUCUUUGUACUGAUAAUUUUAUUCUCACUAUCAGUCAUUUUUCGCCUCUUGCUAGGAUAAGCACAUGAACUCGAGGAGUUGUUACAAGUACAGUAUAGGCCUACGCUCAGCACAUGCAGAAUAUAUUCAGUGGUAUUAUGCCUGUUUACACUAUUCUUAUUAUCACAAGUGAAAGAGAAAAACACUGUUCAUUGUUUCACAUACUGUAAAGCAAUUUUAGCGAUCUUUAUUUUCUUACAAGUUCUGCCAAAGAUAUUCUGCCAUGAACUUUUUUGAAAUAACGUUCUCCCUCUCUGGUUUGCAGUACAUUUUUUGAGUGAGCUUUUUUUUUUUUUUUUUUUAGAGAAGCUUAUUAAAAAAAAGUUUACUAAAAUUUCUACCAGCAGCAGCUUAAGAUGAAAAGGUCUUCACAAGCACGCAUUCGACUGUAUGGUAUGUUUAACAUUUCACAUGUUGCAUUGAGAUUACAUGUAAGAAACAGUCUUGUGUGAGGCCGAAGAGCCAAAAAAAACCAGAUGAUGCUGAUUUUCACAGCGAGCUAACAAAAGCGCCAUCGUCUUUAGAGAGAGGCUCGUCUUCACUGCUGUUUUUUCUUUUCUUAACUCUGCACACGGUUGUACCCGUGCACAAGCAUUUUUUUGUGACAUACGAAUUGCACACUUCUCCUAGGUAGUCAAGGGAAAUGAUCAGAGUUUAGAGAAGUGUCAUCUGCAGCUGGUAAAAAAAAAAAAAAUCUCCAUCGUCUCAACACUAAACAAUAACUGGCCACUGUUUUUGUGGCAACUGUAGUUGAUAUUUCAAAAACGUCUGAAGACCAUUGGCGUUAAUGUGUCUUUUUAAGUAAAUAAUACCAACUGAUGUGCCUUUUGCGAAAGACACUUUAUUUGCAAUUGAUACAGCUUUUAAUUUCUAGAUGGAUUUGUAUCAUUUGUACAAGGUGAGAUUGUGUUGAUAUGUUCAAAAUCACUAGGUGUACACGGUUCUUCGUUAAAGUAACAUCCGCUUCAUGACUUUUAACUUCCAGUCGGAUUAUGCUCUAUGCAAACCUUGAGAAAGUUUGUUGUAAAACAUGAUAAUUAUGCAACUAGGUUGGGUUUUAAACAGGCCUUAACGACAAUUUUUGCUGAGGCACUGUUCACAAUUUUGUAAUAAAGCAUUUUAUAACACUUC